CGUCAAGAUCAGAGAUAGGGACAGAGACAGAGAGGAAAAAGGAUUUGCAGAAACUGGGUUUUGGGGAGUUUGGUUAUGGUUAGAGACUUUAGAGUUCAGCUUUGAAAAAUGACUUAACAUCUUCUCUCCUUGUAGGCAUAACAGUCCAAGCUUCAAACCUGUACGCGACGAUUGGGAGAACCAAAUAAACAAGAAAGAAGGUCUACCUCUACUUGAUCUCCCCAAACCGCGUCUAAAGAUUUCGAAGGGACAUAAAUAAUAAUUAAUGAAUCAACGCAGGUGAUGGUUAUCCAUCAAUGUGUAUAAAAACUACAGCACCUCUUCCGGAGAAAGUUUUUUGUUUUUCAAACCUGCAAAUAUUUUUUAUUUUUCACCUCAACAGGGUUUACCUUGUACGUCUUCUUUUCCUUUACUUUUAUUUUCCACCUGGGUCUGCUUUAUUUAUUUAUUAGUUUAAUUUUUGGGAGGGUUGAGCUUGGUCUAUUUUUCUGUUCAGUUGAUACUCUUUUCGGUUCUCAACCCAGUUGGUUCUAUUAUUUUUUCUCUUCUGUUCAUACUUUUCUUUAUUCAUCUGCCAUCUGGCUUUCGCCCUUUUGAUUCUUUCGCUAUUUAUAUGUUCUGGGUUUUAAUUUUUUUCCUAAUUUCCCUGGUUUUAAAUUCUUCUUUUUCUAUCUUGGUUUCCUUCGUAUCUCUUCGCCUCUCUGUUUCAUAUCCAAUUUGCUUACCUUCGCUUCUGCGUCCUGUUCCCUUCAUGCUAGGUUCUUUGGCCUUCCAAUCUGGGCUAUUUCUUGUGAUUUCCUUUCUGGGUUUUCUUGUCUUUGGAUGAUCGGCUGAUACCAAUAGGAAUUCAACUGCGGGGAGGCUUUUGCUGUGUGUUUUUCGAGGAUGAGUUAAGAGAUCAGAGACGACCAGCUCGAGUGCUUAGAAUUAAGAGCGCUUAAAUUUGAAUUUACACUGAAUUUUGAACCAUGAAGUGUUUAUUCUACUUCAAGGAUAAAUCAAAAUCCAGGCAACAGAACUCGGCUCCAGAGUUGAAAAAUAGAAGCCCGCCGGAUAAUUCGCCGAGGGCAGUCAAAUCUUCAGGUUCAGAAGCUUCCCAGCGGAGCAUACCGGAGUUGUACGAAGAGAAGGCGCAUAAUUUGCGGGUCUUUUCGUUCUCGGAGCUGAGGAACGCCACCAAUGAUUUCAACAGGAUGCUUAAGAUUGGGGAAGGUGGGUUCGGGAGUGUCUAUAAAGGAUUUAUCAAGCCCCCUAAUGGUCAGGGAGAAAAAACAGUGGUUGCCGUGAAAAAGCUCAACAGGGAUGGCUUGCAGGGUCACAAACAAUGGGUGGCGGAAGUUCAAUUUCUAGGUGUUGUAGAUCACCCAAAUCUUGUAAAACUCAUAGGAUACUGUGCUGUAGAUGGUGAAAGAGGGAUCCAACGACUACUGGUGUAUGAGUUUAUGCCAAAUAAAAGCUUAGAAGAUCAUCUUUUCAGCAAGGCUUUUCCUUCUCUUCCUUGGAAAAGGAGGUUAGAAAUAGUCCUUGGAGCAGCUGAAGGAUUGGCCUAUCUGCAUGAAGGAUUGGAAAUCCAGGUGAUAUAUCGAGAUUUUAAAUCAUCAAAUGUGCUUUUGGAUGAGAACUUCAAGCCAAAGCUAUCAGACUUUGGGCUUGCAAGGGAGGGACCGGCAGAUGGGCACACUCAUGUCUCUACAGCGGUGGUGGGGACAUACGGGUAUGCAGCUCCAGACUAUGUUGAGACUGGACAUCUCACAACUAAGAGUGAUGUAUGGAGUUUUGGAGUAGUGCUAUAUGAGAUCCUCACUGGUAGGCGAUCAUUGGAGAGAAACCGCCCAAGAAUGGAGCAAAAGCUUCUAGAAUGGGUGAGACAGUUCCCUGUCGACAGUAGAAAGUUCUGCAUGAUAAUGGACCCACGACUGCAAAACCAGUAUUCUCUUAAUGCAGCAAGGAGAAUUGCCAAAUUGGCAGAUAGUUGCCUGUGUAAGAAUCCAAAAGACCGUCCAAAGAUGAGUCGAGUGGUAGAGAGCUUGAAGGAAGCCAUCCAAGUUUGUGAAGAGGGAAGUCCUUCUGAGAAGAGGACCCCUGAUUACCCUGGUACUAACUCGGUUGACUCUGAUAAGAAUCCGGAUCAGAUUGGCACCACUGAAUCUGCAAGGAGGCGGAUGGCCCACCUGGCAAGUCUAAGCGAGAAUGUAAAUGUAGUUGGUAGAAGACGAUUUAUGAACAUGCAGAGGACCAAAGUGCCAUAGUUUUUUUCUGACAAGCUACCUUUUUGAUUCUUCAGCAGGUCUAAGCAUUGCUUGUACCAGAAGAUUAAUCAAGUGGGUCCUUUAUUUCUUUAUUCAGGUAUGCACAUCAAAUCCGUCCAAAUGUGCAAGAACUUGCAGAUUUAACAUGGCCUGCUGUAUAGUUGAUCAAGACUCUGUUCUUUCUGUUCUUGUAAGAUUCAGCGGAGGAAAGUAGCUAGCAAAAAAGAGGAGGAUACAAACUACAGCAACCCUGCUGAAUCGAUUCAGAGUUGUUCUAUGGUUGUCACUAUAGGCUGUUUAAAUGCCCUUUCUUAUAGGUCAGGGUGCAGUGCAACAUUUGUUUUUCCUGGGUGAGCAACAUGCAAUGUAACAUGGUCAUACAGUUUCUUUUGUCAAGCGUGUACACAGUAUCAAUUUAAUUAUAUUUGUGAGUAAAUAAUGUCAUAAUUGAUAGGACGGUGGAGAGAAAAAAAUUCAUUUUCC